GAGAUACGCAAGAAGAUCCGGAGUGGAGUCCACAGGCUUAUAGGCGUUUGCGUUGGUUGUUCGUGGGCAGUGAUCCUCGAAUUUUUUUGUGCAAACGUUGAAAGGUUCUCUCCUCGAGACUUGUUUUUCACCUGCGCAAGGAAAGAAGCUCACUUCGCAUCGAGACAUGCAACCAGCAACGGCCAAGUGGUACGAUAGACGGGACUCUGUUUUCAUUGAGUUCUGUGUAGCAGACAGCAAAGAUGUUAAAGCCAUUUUUGAGAAAACAAAGUUUGUUUUCAGUUGUCUUGGAGGAACUGACAGUGUCAAACAUGAGAACGAAAUGGAUCUUUUUGAAGCCAUUGACGCAAAUGAGUCCAAACAUAAACGCACAGAUCGCUCAGUGUUGGUCUAUAUAAGAAAAGCACAGCCAGGGAAGCCGUGGCCGAGGCUAACGAAAGAGAAGGCUAAGCUGAGUUGGCUCAGUGUUGACUUCAACAACUGGAGAGACUGGGAGGAUGACUCCGAUGAGGAGAUUGGGAACUUCGAUCAAUUCUCAAAUAUCAUGAACAACAUGGGAGGUGAGGAUGACCUGGCUGAACUAGACGGCGGUCCAGAAGAAGAUGACUCUGCCGAUAGCGAUGACGAGAAAAUGCCAGAUUUGGAAUAGAAGACUGGAAAGAAACAAAUGGAAGAACAGAGGGCAAGAGGAAUCAUAACAAAUGUAUAUCUUGAAACUGAAGGCAGUGACAAACAACUGUACAUACGAGUCGGUAGCCAUAUUUAAAUCCAUAGCCUCAGCUCCAAACUUUGACCGAUCAGUACACUGAAGGUUGAUAUGCAUGGUAUUGUACAGAGCAGCUAUCUCCACUUCCAUUUGCUGUACUGCACCUUUUGGGCAUCUUGUUUUACUGUUCAAUAUUACAAGUAAGCACACAUUUUUUUGUUGGAAAAGCUGUGUAGUCAUCCUCAACUGAGCAAUAUGUGAUAACAGAUUUACAAUUUUUUUCCGAAUUAAUUGUAGUUUGAAAUGAUUAGGCCCACCCAUUCCCAAUGUUGUGGUUUUACGUCGACCAGUGUAGUUUCUCUUGAUUUAAAGACUAGCGUUGUUCAUCAUACGAAUUAGGUCUAUUUUUUUGAUUGGGUUCCUCUAAAGCCUUCCAUUUGCCGUAAAUUAGAUAGCCAGGAAGCCAGUUUUUUGUUCCCGUGGCUUAACUGUCCAGCUUACAUGUUUCCCUUUACUUGUUUAAUGUUUGAAAAAUUUGAAUAUUCUGAAAUCAUCUUCCCAGUUUGUCACCUACUUUGGUUAUCUGAAUACAUUUAGUAUCUUAACAGUUCCACUUUCCAUACCAACCUAACAUCGCACACAUCUUUCCACUGCAGAAGCAUGGUGAAAUGUUUUUGCAGCUGAUAACGAGGCUUGGAUCUUAAUUGGGCCUCAGAGUCAAGUGUUGUGUUGCUUUUCUCCAGGAUAUUUCCGUUUGUUCAUUUAGAAUGAUCCUCCCUUCUCAACGAGGGCGUGUCGGACCGAUACGGCGACGUGUAAUGACCAAAUUAUAUUUGCACUGUCAAUAAAGUGUAUGAGGAGAAACAUUUUGUUCAAUUACAGUGGAAAUUCUUUUUUUUAUUGUCUACAUCUUUCUAAUAAACUUUAAGAAUCAU